CGGUGGUUGCGGGAGCACCGGCAGGAGACACAGCUCGGGUGACCCUGCGACCCAUAGAGCGGGAGGCGGCGCGCAGUGCGCACCGCCCCACGCCCAGGCCCGCGGGCACCGCACCAGCCCCGCCGUCAGGUGAGCAGGCAGAGCCGCGCCCGCAGCCUUCAGCCCGGAGGACCCCCGAGUCGCCGCCACCGUCGCCGCUGCCUCCGCGGCGCAUCGAAGACGCCCUGCAGGGAUGAGGGGAGAAUCCUACUUCAUCGGAAUGAGGAGCCUAGGGCAGCAGGCAUCCAUCCCUGAAGAUGGGGGACUUUUCUUCCUCUGCUGCAUAGACAGAGACUGGGCUGUCACUCAGUGCUUUGCAGAAGAGGCCUUUCAAGCAAUCACCGACUUCAAUGAUCUCCCCAACUCACUGUUUGCCUGCAAUGUCCACCAGUCCGUGUUUGAAGAAGAGGAGAGCAAGGAAAAAUUUGAGGGACUAUUCCGGACCUAUGAUGAGUGUGUCACGUUCCAGCUGUUUAAGAGCUUCCGACGCGUCCGAAUAAAUUUCAGUCACCCCAAAUCUGCAGCCCGUGCUCGGAUAGAGCUUCAUGAGACCCAGUUCCGAGGGAAGAAACUAAAACUCUACUUCGCACAGGUCCAGACCCCCGAGACAGACGGAGACAAACUGCAUUUGGCACCCCCACAGCCUGCCAAACAGUUCCUCAUCUCGCCCCCUUCGUCCCCUCCUGUGGGCUGGAAGCCCAUCAGCGAUGCCACGCCGGUCCUCAACUACGACCUUCUUUAUGCCGUGGCCAAACUAGGACCAGGAGAGAAGUAUGAACUGCACGCGGGGACUGAGUCCACACCAAGUGUCGUGGUGCAUGUGUGUGACAGCGACAUGGAGGAAGAAGAGGAUCCAAAGACUUCCCCAAAGCCAAAAAUCAUCCAAACCCGGCGUCCCGGCCUGCCGCCCUCCAUGUCCAACUGAGCAUGUCCAUGAUGACACGCGUCUCCACUCAUCAUGCUUUCCCCUGUUGUUUGUCCGAAACAUUAAUUGCCUUUAAGUCCCUGGGUGUUUGGUUGUUUGCGACUCCUUCCUUGUAAUUAAGCCUCUUGGACAAAAGGGCUAGGAAAAGGUGACAUGUCUCCCAAUCGACUCACACCCAUUAACUAUAAUCUAUUACUUAGAAAGUUAUAGAAAAAAGGUAGUAUUUUCUUAUUAAACAAUCAGUACAGUA